CUUAUCCGUGCUGGGAAAUGUGAAGUUGGGUCCCCCCCCCCCUUCCACUUCCCCUUCACAGCGACUCCUGCCAUCUUUACCCGCCGACUCCUCCUCGGCCCGCCCGCUCGCAGCCUCCUCACGAUGGCGCCCAAGAAGAAGGCCGGUGGCCUGCACAAGCUGCCCGAGCUGCUGGCGCCCGGCGAAGUGCUCUCCGACGUCGUCAAGAAGGAGUGGAAGCUGGGCCGACCCGUGGGCGAGGGUGGAUUCGGCCGGCUCUACCUCGCCGCCCAGAACACCUCCCAGCCGGUCGGAGAGGAUGCCGACUUUGUGAUUAAAGUGGAGCCUCAUGAGAACGGGCCCCUCUUCACGGAGCUCAAGUUUUACCAAAGAGCAGCGAAACCCGAGCUCAUUGAAAAGUGGGUGAAGGAGAAACGUUUGAAAUUUCUUGGAGUUCCACGCUACUGGGGCAUGGGGAUGCUGGAAAAGAAGGGCAGCGCAAUGCGCUUCAUGGUGAUUGACCGUUUCGGGAGCGAUCUUCAGAAGAUACUGGAAGAGAACGGCAAGAAGAUUCCUCGGAAAGCGGUCCUGCAGCUUGGCCUGAAGCUGCUCGACAUCCUUGAGUACAUCCACGACAAUGAGUACGUGCACGCGGACGUGAAGGCGGCCAACCUCAUGCUCGGCUUCAAGGAUAAAAACCAGGUUAGCCUGGUGGACUAUGGCCUGGCGUACCGCUACGGCCCCUGUGGGGUUCACAACAAGUACAAGGAAGACCCCAAGCGCUGCCACGAUGGGACGAUUGAGUUCACCAGCAUUGAUGCGCACAAGGGAGUAGCCCCGUCGCGCCGCGCUGAUGUGCAGAUCCUGGGCUACUGCCUGCUGCAGUGGCUGUGCGGCAAACUGCCCUGGGAGGACAACCUCAAGGACCCCAACUACGUGCGGGACGCCAAGAUCAGGUACAAGGACAAUAUUCCUGAGCUCAUGAACAAGUGUUUCCCAUCGCAGGAGAAGCCAGCCGAGAUUGCCGAGUACUUGGCGUACGCCCACGCCAUUGGCUACGAGGACCGGCCCGACUACCAGAAACUCCGCACCAUCCUCACCAGGGGCCUGCGGGCGAUCGGGGGCAAGGAGGACGACCAGCUGACCUUCCGCUUCGGUCCCGCGCGCACCGACAGGCCCGCGGCCACUUCCGCCAAGCAGCGUCCGGCCGGGACCGCAUCUGCCCGGAGGAAGCAGGACGACGGGGCGGGCGAGGUGGUGGAGCCGUUGAGUAAGAAACGGCAACGGUCACCCGCCACUACUCCCUCCUCCCAGGCGGCCGCCGCCGCUGCAGCCGCCAACGGUCGCGGCAGAGCGCGGCCGCCCGUGUCCUAUGCUGAGCUCGACGAGAGCAUGGAGGAGGACGAGGAGGAGGAUGAGAUUCGUCUGCUCAAGUCGAAGGCUUCGUCCACGCGCGCGAGGAAAGCGCCUGCUGUCGCCCCCCCCUCGUCGGAUGCAGGUGGUGCGGCUCGAGGUCGCAAGGUCGCGGCGGGCAAGGCCAAGGCCGCCAAGGCGAAGGACCUGGCGGAGACCGCGACGCAGACGACGCCGAGCCUGGCUCGCCAGAAGCACAAGAGAUAAACCCAGAGAGAGAGUGAACGGUCAUCCCCCUCACUGUCUGUAGCUGCUUGCAGUUGCGCCUUUCUGUGCAUGGCGCAGCGCUAUGGUUUAUCCAGAGAGGCGCGGGGAAGGCACGAGGCGUGUGUGUGUGUGUGUGUGCGCGCGCGCGAGUGUUUGUGUAUGUUCAUGUUUGAAUGUGGCUUGAGGAUGUGUAUUCUUGUGUGUAGGUAUGAGUGUGUGUGUUCAUAAGUGCGUGUGUAUUCGUGUGUGUGUAUGAGUGUGUGGUGCCCGCUAACACCACUUGUCCUAACAGUCUGUUAAAGCUAUACGGGAGAUCUUUGUAUGAUUUUGUGUGCGUGUGUGUGUGUGCACGUGUGUUUGUAUUCAUGUCCUUGUUUGUGGGUAUGAGUGUGUGUAUGUAUUAGUGUAUGCAGCAAGUUGGCACAGUAGGGGACACAGCUGGUACAUCUGACAGUCAUCUCGGUUAGUCAACCCAUGGCACCUGGAUCUGUCCCAUGGCCUCGUCUGAGCGAGCCUUUGACACUUAAUGUGGCCUCAGAGUGCACUUGGCCUGGCACAAGUGCCAUGGUAACGUCACC